AUUUAUGAGCUACGCAUUUGUCCCGCCCCGCUCGCAGUGCAUGCUGGAUGCUGGAUGAAGCGGAAGUAGCGCUGCACGUUGACAUUGCAGAGCGUCCGAUUCUCACAUUACACUCACAGAAAGGAUUGGUGUUCAUCAUGGGUGCAUCUGUAUCCAAUCUUGCCCCAACUAUUCAGGCAGAGUCUGUAAUGUCAGCGCCUCAUUUUAGUGGAGUGUCCCCACCCCCUGGGUGUCCCAUGCAUCAAGAGCCCCCUAAAAGCUCUCCACCUCCUGAGUGCCCCAUGCAUCAGGCUCAGACGCCACCGGCCGGCCCAGCACAUCAGGAGAGAGCUUAUGAGUUUGUCGAAUGUCCCAUGACAGCUUCUGAAGGAGCCGUCGAUCCCACAAAUAUGAUGCCUCCACCAAAUCAGGUGCCCGCCCCGGACCAGCCAUUCUCUCUGUCCGUGAAAAGAGAGGAGUCUAAAAUCCCACGAUCAAGCACAGGCCAGAACUGGGUUUAUCCUUCUGAACAGAUGUUUUGGAAUGCAAUGCUGCGGAAAGGGUGGCGUUGGAAGGAUGAUAGUCUUGCUCCAGAAGACAUGGCCAAUAUAAUCCAGAUCCACAAUCGUAACAAUGAUCAAGCCUGGCAGGAAAUCCUGAAGUGGGAGGCGCUGCACGCCAGCGAGUGUCCAUGCGGUCCGUCUCUGAAGAGAUUCGGGGGCAAAGCCAAAGAGUUCUCGCCCAGAGCCAGAAUACGUCAUUGGAUGGGAUAUGAACUGCCUUUCGACCGACACGAUUGGAUCGUAGAUCGGUGCGGAAAGGAAGUCCGGUAUGUCAUUGACUACUACGAUGGGGAUAUUAAUAAAGACACCUACCAGUUUUCCAUCCUGGACGUGCGUCCGGCCUUCGACUCUCUGCAGGCCGUCUGGGAUCGGAUGAGGGUGACCUGGUGGCGCUGGACAUCAUAGAAUCCUUUAUAAAACAGUUUUAAGAUUUCUUCAUCACUAUAAGACAUCACAGAUUAUUCGGUUCCAGUAUACUAGGAUCUGUGUGCUGCUGAGUUCUGACUGUAAACAUGAAUCUUUGCAAAUUGUUGCACAUUGA